AUGGCUGCUGUAAUGGUACGUGGUUUUGUCCAAAUGUGCAGCCAGAAAACUAUGAUAUCAGAUGCGAGAGAAGCAUACAUUGAAAUAGUGGAAAGAGAGAGGAAUGUUAUAUUGAUUAUCUAUUUCAGUGCUGGAUCAUACAUAACUUUUCAGCUAAGUAAUAAUAUUGAAGACAUCGUCCUUAGACCCUCUGGAGAAGACCAAAAUAAUCUGUAUUUAAGUUUACAGACUAAUGACUUAUUGAUUAUUGAAAAAUUAUCCUCCAGAGAUGCCGAAAAUUUGAAGAAGUUCCUGGAUAGAGUCCAUCCUCAACCACCCGUAAGACCUGAUAGGGAUGAGAGUAUCUUUGCCAGUACAACAACACAGAAGGCAGGUGGCAAAACUGCAUCUCACAAAAUACGUAAGAUGUCAAGUAGUCAGUCAUUUGAGAAAGAAAGAAAUGAAACAGAAACACCUGAUGAUAAGGAGAUGCCUUUCUGUGCAUCAGAAUUGUCAACAUUUACCUGGGAAGAGUUAUUAGAAAAUGAAUAUGGGAAGAGGAGGCCAUCAUCUGGCUCAGAGAUGAAUAAGAAUUUCCUGCAAGAGGAUACCUCUUCCAGAGGAACGGUAUCAAAGAUGAACCCCUUGAGAUAUGUAAGCCGCAGAAAGAGAGAAUUAAUGUUAAAAGGGUUAAAACAGAAUAAGAAAUUGGAACUUGGACCUUCAUUCAAGAUCGAUUUUACUGGAAAACCUUACCUAGAUGUCAGUGAUCUUCUCCAAAGAGUGACUGAUAAAACAUAUUUAGCAUUCCUGUCAGAGUCGAAGUACGGUGAGGAUGACCCAGAGUGGGGCAGACUCAAGAUGAUCUUUGACUUUUACCCAGAGAAACUAUGUCAAGGCUUCCCCAACUUGGGAAACACCUGUUACAUGAAUGCAGUUUUACAGUCCUUAUUUUUGAUUCCAUCAUUUGCUAAUGAUUUACUCAAUCAGACCUUCUCACAGGGUGAAACUCCCCUUGAUUCCUUUAGCAUACGCUUGGUGCAGCUGCUUGUUUUGAAAGAUAUUUAUAACAUAAAAAUCAAGAAGAAGUUACUUGGGAAUUUUAAAAACGUCAUUUCAGCAGUUGCAGAGAUAUUCUCUGACAACGCACAGAAUGAUGCAUAUGAGUUUUUAGGUCAUUGUUUAGAUCAGAUUAGACAAAACAUGAGAAAAUUAAACACAAUUGGGAAGAUUAAGAUUGAAUCUGAGGAAGGAAAUUCACCUCAGCAGGUUUCUGCUGGUAGUGCUGACACCAAGGUGCUUGUUUGCCCUGUCGCCAGUAAUUUUGAUUUCGAGUUGCUGCGCUCAACUAGUUGCAAAGCCUGUGGGCAAAUUGUCCUUAAGGCAGAGGCAAACAAUUCACUUUCUGUCAGUCUUCCCCAGAGAGCAAAAGCACAUCCCUUGUCUAUUCAAUCUAGUUUUGAUCAUUUCUUUGAAGCAGAAGAGCUUGAGUAUAAAUGUGAGACGUGUAAGCACAGGAGUUCUGUUGCAGUGCAUAAAUUCAGUAGGCUACCCAGGGUCCUUAUUGUGCAUCUGAAACGCUAUAAAUUUAGUGAGUUUGGGUCCUUAAGGAAGGAUGAGCAAAAAGUCAUUAUUUCCAAAUACUUAAAGUUAUCUUCCCAUUGCAAUGAAACUACUAAACCACCGCUUCCCUUAAGCAAGAAUGCACCUCUUAAUGAUUUCCAAGUCUUAGAAAUCUUUAAGAAGAUGAACUCUGAAGCCAUCAGUUCAUCGACAGCUUCAACAAAGCAGACCUCAGAAUCCAAGGAUUCUUUGGCUCCACACAUUAGAUCAGAAAAAGAGUCUGAACCACAAAAAUGCCAGACUCUUCAUAAAGCUUCAAGCUUCAAGCAGCAGCAAAAAGACCUGGGAAAAGAUUCUAAACUAAAUAUAAUAGAGUCCACAUUGGUAAACUCAAGAAAUGAAGCAGCCAUUGCAAGAGAGCUAUUAGCAGUAGGCUUAACGAUGAGUCUGGAAGACAGCUCCCUUCCUCUGAAAGGUACACCCACCAGCAGCCCAGGUACAUAUCGCAAAGUGGCUAAAAGUCGAAAAGGAAAUAAAUACAAGAGAACCAAGAUAUCUGCAGAUUUUGAGAGCAUGCCUGAGACCACCGAAGAAUUUUGUAAAGGUAAAAAACCCAGAAUUUCAGAAGAAUCUUACCAAGUGCCUGAAGAGACCCAGCAGUGUGGAGGGAUAAGACUCUGUGAACAAGACCUUGGUCUUCUAUUGAUGCGGAGCCUUUCAGGCCCCGAUGCCCAGUGGCACAGAGAUAAAUGCAGACCUACACAAUUAAAUUUCCAGGGAACCAAGGUGAAGUCCCAAGGUGCCUUGGGUUCCAAUAAAGAUCCUGGAAAGAAGGGCUCUUCAGGUGUGAAGAAGACAAAAUCUUCAGCCAGGAAACCAAAAAGAGAAGCCGAGAUGAGAGAUAGUCAUGACUAUCAGCUCAUUGGUGUUAUCAGCCAUAUUGGAAAGACGCCUAGCACCGGACACUAUAUCAGUGAUUUCUACAACUUUGAGAGGCAAAUGUGGUUCUGUUACAGUGAUCUAGAUGUAUUAAGUAUCCAAGAGGCCCCAGUGCAGGAGACUAGGCUUCAAACCGGGUACAUCUUCUUUUACAUGCACAAUGAGAUCUUUGAAGAGCUGUUGGAAAGGGAAGAGAGCUCCCAGCCUCAUAGCACAGAGGAAGCAGUAGUCAAAGUAGACCCAGAAGUAGUAAAAGAAGUAGCCUCCGGCUCACAUACAUCUCCUUAA